UAUGAACAAACCUUGUUUCUAUAGCGUCUCUGCACUAGACUGCACAUGUUAUGAAUGGACAUUUACAACUAUUUCAUUCUUAUAACUUGUACCCAAUAACCCAGGGUUUAAUUUUGUUUUUUUUUUCUUCUUCCUCUUAAUGAAUUAAGUUUUAAUGAGGCAUAUACUAGUGCUAUGUUUCAGCACGGCGGUAGAUGGCGCUGUAGUGCUCUGUUGUGGUCUGUGCGCGUGCCCGCUUAACGCGCGCUGUGAGCUAAUGAAUGUAGCAGAGGAGGGGAAAAAGAGAAGGAAAACUUCGGUAAAAAUGGCGGAAGGCACAACGUCUCUAAAAGGAUUGCGAGCACAAAUGGCUGCAGCAGCACAGGCACAGGCUGAAGAGCGGCGGAGCCUGGCAGGGAGCAGCCCAGCACCGAUUGCAACCAGUGCUGCCAAGAGCCAGUCUAAACCAGUGAUCGACGGAGCAGCACUUAGAAUCGAUGACAAACUCCGAGUAGCCAAAGAAAGGCGAGAAGAGCAAGAGAAGCAGCAAGCAGUGCGUGGGUCUCAGAUUCUAGAGCGGGAGCGUAAGUCCAAGCUUCAGGUUGAGAGACAGAUGGAGGAGAGACAAAGAAAGCUGGAGGAGCAGCGCAGGAAAGAGGAGCAGAGAAGAGCUGCUGUGGAGGAGAAGAGGAAACAGAAGCAGGAGGAGGAGAAGGAGCACUAUGAGGCAGUGAUGCGGCGCACUAUGGAGCGCAGUCAGAGACUGGAGCAGAGGCAGAAGAGAUGGUCCUGGAGUGGCAUGCCUGAUUCUGAUAACAGAAAUGGUGAGAGUGACAGUGGCCCCACCUCCUCCCCCGUCACUGUAGUAAUCUCCCCAGCCUCUCCGGUCUCCAAGCCUCCCAGAAGCCACACACCACAAGACAAGCGUUCUUCCUCUACUACAAACCUCAAACACCCCACAGACUCUUCUAUCAGCAAGCGCCUCUCCUCUUCCUCCGCCGCCCUCCUCAACUCUCCUGACAAAAGUGCAAAGCGGAGGAGUUCAUCUUUGAACCGGUUGCCUAGCAAUGUCCCUCGGGUUGCUAAGGAAGCGUAUAAGCAGCCUCAGGUGGAACAGACAGGCCCUGUCCUGAAGAAACGGAGCUCCUCCCUUUCCCGUGUGGGGAAUAGAGCUCCACUCACUGGCAAACCAGAGAAACCCGCACCCUUUGGAUCAGCCCAUCGCCCGUUGGCCAGUCCCAUGGACAGCAGUGUCCUCAGUCGUCUCCUCACCCCCACCCAGGCCUCGCUAGCUAGGAGCAAGAGUGCAGCAGCCCUUUCAGCCCAUGGAGCGGAUGAGACAGAGUCUCACCUGUGUCCUCGAUCAGUGUCGUCCACACCGCUGCAGCCCUCUACCCGUGGCCCCCUGCGGAGUCGCAGCACCGACCGCCAAAAAAACGCCCCCAGUUCUACCUCUGCCUCUUCUGACUCCAUCUCCAACAUGUCUCAGAAAGCCGAAAAGGACAAGUCCUUCAUUUCACCCGCAGCAAAACGUCCUCCUUCCCCUACCACUGUUCCCAGCCGCCAUCGCUCUCCUUCCCCAAGCCCCAUUGGUGGCCCCAGGAGAGCACCAUCACCUGGAGCAGCCAAGCAAAGCCCUCGUAAUCGGCCGCCCUCCCCCAGUGGGGUGAAGCAGAGGCCUCCAUCCCCUCAGCCCGCUUCCAAGCCUCCACCUAUCCAGAAACCUGCCCUCACCCCAACUGGCCCUCCUAUCCUGAGGAAGAGAGAGUCCAAACCCAAAGAUGCAUCUCCAAUGACUGCUCUAACAUCACAGCCUCAAGAUACAAGCACUGCCAGCCCAGCCCCCAGCACCAAGCCCAAAGAUGAUCCUAGUCUGAAAACCAUGGCUGGCACUAACUCGGCUGCUGAAGCUGCUAAGAUCCUGGCAGAGAACAGACGUCUGGCUCGUGAGCAGAAAGAGAGAGAGGAACAGCUCAGGGUACAGAGAGAGGAAGAGGAGAGGAUAAGAAAAGAGGAGGAGAAGCGGCUGGCUGAGGAGGAGAGAGUGAGACGUUUGGAGGAGGAGAAGGUUCGAGCAGAGGAGAGAAAGAUUGAAGAAGAGGAGCAGGCUCGUAAGGCAGAAGAGGAGAGAGAGAGACUGGAGGUGGAGGAACAACAGAAACAAGCCGAGUUACAGAAAGAGCGAGAGGAGGCAGAGGCAAAGGCUCAGGAGGAGGCAGAGAAGCAACGACAGGAGAGAGAGCGCAUCAUGCAGCAGAACCAGCAAGAGCGCAUGGAGAGGAAGAAGAGAAUCGAGGAAAUUAUGAAGAGAACCAGAAAAAUGGACCAAAAUGAUUUCAAGGGUAACGAUGAGACAGGCAUUCCAGACGAGAACGGUGACGAGGUUACUGACCAGCUAAACUGUGAAACCAAGGAGGACCAAUCAGAGCAAAACACAGAGGUCAUCAACCAAGCAGACAUCCAGGAGCAAGGCAUGUCUUCAGAAGAAGGCCGGCUGGAAUCAGAAGAGCCACUUGAUGGUGUGAAUGAACAGACCAAAGUGGAUGACAAAGAAAACAACAAUGGCCUCAGUGCAGCACAGCCCACAGCCAUCAGUAAUUCUUAUCCCAAGGCACACCUGGUGGAGGGCUCAGAGUUUGUGAAUGAGGACUGUAAGAUGGGGCUGAAUGGGAAAGCAGGGUCCUGGAGCUUUGAAGAGAUCAUCGAUCUGGGAGUUCACACUAAAGGCCGGCCGCUCAUGGAGCCUGACGCCUGUAAUCAGAGUCUAAUAGACUGCGGUGUGGGACCUGAAGGACCCAGAGUGGCCUUUGAAGACAAGCCGGCACCUGUGAACUCCCUCCAUCCAGCUCAGCCCAUUGAAGCCCUGUCCGAGAUUUGAUUUGAUGACUUCAGCCAAGGACGCUUGCUAAUUGCACUCCAUGAUGUUUGUCUGGUUGAGUUCCAAAGUUCCUUGUGCUCACCUGGACAGCCAGAGAAGCUCCGAAUCACAGAGGAAGGCCUCAACGUCUGCACCUCCGAAAAUAAAGUUGAAUAUUUGUUUUUUGGUUUUUUUUAAGGUUAUAGCUGAAAAUAAGAAACAAACGCUUCAGGGAAACAUCAUCUUCCUUUAUGCUUAAUUUUCUGUUUUCCUGCCUCUCUUUCUUUUCAUUGUUGGCAUCUUGUCCGUUUUUUUUCAACUUUUUUUUUCCUCUCCUCUUCUCAUUAAUGUUAUUUAGAUUUUUUUAUGUUGAGUCUUUUGUAAUUUAUUCUUCUGACUUUGCAUUUUAUGACUUGUCCCUUUCUGUAUUUGUCAAUUUUUUUUGCUUAUUUGCAUUCCAUUGUAUUUCAAUAUUAGCUGUUGCAAGUGAUCCCAGACGGUCAGUGGACCUAAGCAGAAAUGAGCAAUUAAUGUGAAGUAACGCCGUUGAGGUCAGAGGAGGAACACCUCCAGCUGUCUCUCACACUGGUAUAAAAAUGUUUGUGAACUGAGUAGUGCUCAACAACAGUAGUGCACACAGCCUUGGCAGUGGUUCCUUCAAGUUACAUUGACGCAUGUGGCACCUUAUCUGCAUUUUCCAGCUUCUGCCCAAUCUAAUGUGAGGACUCGGGCCAAUAGGCUGGUCAUUUUCCUCUCUCCUGCUGUGAAGCAUUGUAUAAAUCCUAACCGUAACCAAUCUUAGUCAAGAUAUUUCAUGAAAAGGUGACAAAAUAGGAUCUGGUUAAAAGUGCUGAAUUUCAAGCUAAGCCAAUUCCUUGUCAAGUUGCUUUAAUCUGUAAAGGAUCAAGGUGCUUGAGGCAAAAAAAAACCAAAUCUUGUAAACAUUUAUAACUUGUUGAAUGUAGUUUUAACAUUGUAAGUUUCCGGUUUGUGGCUGUUGCCCUAUGUUGCCAUUUUCCCCUACAUCUAUCUCUACAUGAGUAUAAACAUGGUUAGGUAUUCACAUAAAGUCUCAUUUAAGACCAUCCCGAAACUAAAGUACAUCUUUGACUGUCAGCGUGAAUCUGUAAUUAUAGCACACAGGAAUUACUGUAAUCUGUUAACAACUGCACAUUUCGAUGAGCUGUUUAGGUGCAUGAUGUUGUUCCUUUUAGGGUGUUAGGCAGAGGCAAUUCUCUGUUCUGUUUUCAAAGCUUGAAUCAUUGCUAGUGUUGUGUAAAACCCCACGUUCCCUCAGGGUCAUACUUCUGUCAGGUCCUAAAGGGUUUUGGAGACUGCCGUUUUAUUUCUGCUCCUCUCACGUUUUUAAAAAAAAAAAAAAAAAAAAAAAAAAAAAAGGAUCCUUAAUCCAGCGGCUCAGCCAGUUUUAUGUCUUGUAAAAUUGAUCUCGUAUAUUAAGAUAAUAUUUAAAACUCUAUUUCUACUUGUGUAAGUAUUAUGAACGUGAUCAGUAUUCAGCUGUUAUUUUAUGGCUUGGGGAAUAGUGAGUAAGUGAAAGGGAAGUGUAUUUUGGUUGGUUCCUCUCUGGUGUACAUCUGUACCGCUGCUACGCAACAGCAUCUGAUCUAGACAUUUAAAGAGCCUGGCCUUGUUUGUUUUGGGGUUGUUGUUUUGUUUUGUUUUUUGUCAGGGGAAUGAAUGGAUGAGGAAUAUGAAUGUUGCAGGAGGUUGCGUGCAAGUCGGGUAAAAUACGAUUCCAUUAUUGCUGUCAGGUUGAUUUGAAUAUGAUUGCAUAGAAAUGAAGCAUGUGGACCUUGUUUAUAAGUUAAAAAUUGGGGAAUCCUGGUGGUGGAUCCAGAUGGAUUGUGCUCAGGACUCGUAAUUAAAAGAACGAAUACUGUACGAGUUCCUGUCCAUAGUGCUGUUGUUAGUAGUUGCAAGGAAAAGCUUGAACCUCAAAUGCUUGAAGUGUCGAGUAGAGACUGUUAUGGGUCCAUAGUCUAUAUUGGGCAUGUGUUGGCUUUUUUUUUUUAAAUAUAUAUAUAUAUAUACACACACACACUAGUUUACUCGGAAAUGACUGCGGCCACUGAGCACAGGGCAUUUCACUAUUUAAAGAUCAUGGUCAUUUACUAAUGAACUAAUUAGUAUCAUUCCUCUCAUAACACCACUCUUUCCAAUAUAGGCAUGGAUCACUUACUUGAAAGCCAUAUUUUGUUGCUCACUGCUUUAGUUGAUUGGCAUUUUUCUCCAGGAUAAGAGACACUCUUCAGUUGAAACGUUCAGGUUGAGACCCAAACACUGUCCAGAAUUCCGGUGGUGACACACUCGGACAAUGGGGGGGGGGGACAAGAAAAAACAAACUACAGCUAAUAAACAUGUGCUUGGCGUGUAAGGGAGGGAUGGGCUGCAUUUAUUUUAGUCUUUCAGCAGUCCCUCCCUACCUCAAAAACGUUAGACACCCCAAAGUGCUUAGAGUCUUGCGGUGGCUGCUGCAGAUGCAGUCAAUCGUGUGUGCGUGUGUGUGUGUGUGUGUGUUUUUGAUGAGUGUUGCUUUUGCAGGAAGGCAGCAUGGUCACCCCAGUGCAGUUGCUGCUUCCUCCCCCCAUGACCCUGUAAACCCUUGAGUGUUUUGGGUUUCAGAGCUGUUUUCUAGCAUACAGUGCUCACCAUGGUGGUCGAAUGGUGCCUUAGGAAUAAAGUGAGAGACCUAUUUAUUUUCAUAUAUUGAAUACUAAAUGUUACAUGACGUGCUUUCACUGGCCAUGACAAUCAUUUUACUUUACCAGGGGCCCUAACUAGGAUGCAAUAUUCUGUAUCUUGACGUAGUCCUGACUACAAAUUAUAGUUGUAAAUUUGACCCAAACUCUACUGGAAAAAAAAAAAGACUAUAAACUGUUCAAAUAAAGUUU